AUGCCCAAGAAACACAAUCGUCCCUUGUUCACUAAGCCCGUCACUCCUGCUCAUCAUACCCUCUCAUCUUCGGGACGUCAUCAGGAUGGCCAUUCUCGAGUUUCCGCCUCAACCCAGUCGAGCUCUGUCAACGAGCUGAUCAGCCAUCUUCGCCGUACCCAGGUCGGCUCUCCUUCCGACGAUGGCCCCUCACAUUCCCCAAGACCAUAUGUGUCUCCCCGAUCAGUCCAUCCUUCGCUGCGCAACCUCCUCGAGCUGCCGGAGACUCCACCGCCUCGCCCGCGGCCCUAUGCUCGCCGCGUCGGAAUGGCGGGACAACGACUACGCCGGACUGCAGGGCCUCCGCCACCCGCGAGCUGGCUUGCUAGCAAUGCCGGCGGAGAAGCGUCCGUAACAGAUAAUCAGCGAGAAACUGCAGCCGAAAGACGCAUAUACCGCUUGGAAAGACUGCCCGGCGCUGCCUUUCCUGGAAAACGGGAUCUAGCGCACACGGUGCUCAAAGCUAUGGCGUUAAACUGGGCCUGGCAUUUGGAUUAUGAUGGCCCGUUUUUGGCACAGCUUCCAAUUCACCUUAAGGUGCUCUUGCUUAGCUAUGUGGCAGUCUACGCGAGGGGUCAAGCUCUAGAGGGCCGUAUGAGGGGAUUGAAGCCGCUCUUUUUGACGGAAUCGGAUCUCAGCAAGGAGAUGGCCGUGGAUGAUGAUGAUGAGAUUGUUAACACAGACUCGAGGAUGACUCGUCUUGAUCUGGGCAAUGCUCUCGGAAACUGGAUGUCUUUCAAACAGGUCACCAAUGAGCUUCUGGUAUCCAAACCAGCUGCUGUCAGGACUCGGCGUGGAUCAGAAGAUGCCGUUCUAGCUUCGUGGGACGAGGAAGCAGAUUCGGACGAUGCCAUAAUUGGCCCUGACAGCCCGGGUUCAUCUAUUCCCAAGACUGUUACCCACAGCCUCCGCUUCGACAACCUCCGCUUCCUCUCCCUCGCCCAUCCACAUCCCAGCGCCGCAAGCUGGAAUUCUCUCUUACAGCUCCUAUCACGCCUGUCGACAAUUACCCACCUGUCUCUUGCUCACUGGCCUGCUCCAACUCGCACCCCCAAUGCUGUCCACGCACGCAUUCGUCAUCCAAACCACCACUCCCUCACGUUCGCCUACAGCGGAACCGAUACCUACGCCGCACUGGAUAAUAACUGGGCGGAAGCAGCCGGUAUCCUCCGACAGCUCUCUCGUUCGACCUAUUGUCUGAAGUGGCUCGACCUCGAAGGUUGCAGUGACUGGCUUCCCGCGUUGACCUGGACCGGUACGGAUCCCGACGGCCAGACUUACCGCCCUGGAACUUCUGGUCCGGAGUGGAAUGCUUCAUGGAGAGAUAUUGAGUGGAUUGGUCUGGGCCCAGGCUGGAUUCCGGAUCUCAGUGAUGAUGGGUUUCUGGCAAGCUCUGACACACCGUCUCGUCCUUCGCGCUCGCUGGCCUCGUCGGCGCAUUCUCCACUGCGAGAUGGCGAUUCGGAUGAUCUUCCCUGGGAUGUAGAGGAAGAACGGGUUCGUUACCGCCGUGCUAAGGAAUUAGAAGCUUAUCGCUGUUCUAUUCGCACUGCUUUGGAUGGCCAUCGACAGGUUCUCCGGAUCAGGCGCGAGAGUCGUGGGAAAUGGGUACAUUUCUCGCUGGGGAUUGAGGAUUUGGAUGACGAUCUCGUGAAAAAGUUAUUAGGGCCGGAGUACUCGCGUGUGUUUCCAUAG